AUGGAAUGAAACCGCUCGCUUCUCUAUCUGCCUUACUAGUAACCGCUGGAAUAUGUUUUGCCGAAGUCCUCUCCCUCCGCUCUGACCCGGGCAAAGACCUGUCCACUCACGUCAAUGUCCUCCGGAGCGAACACCCGCCCUCGUACCCAGGAAGCGGAGAUCUCGAGCUGUUGGACAUCGUCCUCGUUGCCUCGGUCGAUGGAAAGCUCCAUGCGCUCAACAGGACGUCUGGUGCCUCCCUCUGGUCCAUGGCCUCGUCUGGGACGGCCGCCCCCGCAGCUUUUGGCCCUCUCGUGCGCACGGAGCACCCAGAGGUCGACCCGGACCUGACGGACGACGACGAUGCGAGCAGGGAGAUCUACAUCAUUGAGCCGCAGACUGGCGACAUCUAUGUCAUGUCUUCGUCUGACAGCCCGCUGCAGCGCCUUCCGUUCUCCAUGGCUCAGCUCGUCGACAUGUCUCCGUUUAGCUUUUCUGGUGACGAGGACCGGAGGGUGUUUGUUGGGAGGAAGGAGACGUCGCUGCUGUUGAUCGAGCUGGAGACUGGGAGGAUCAAGGCGACUGUGGAUCCGACAUGUCCCUGGACGCCGUUCGAGGAGAUGAGUGAGUCGUCGGAAGAGGUGGAUUUGGAUGAAUUGGAGGGUUCGAAGCCGCCAAGGGAUGCAGGGAAACGGACGGAGGUGUAUAUUGGACGUACGGACUAUCACAUAGCCAUCCAUACACGCCCAGAAGGCCCCAGUGGUCGAACUCACGUCCAGAGACUGACAUUCUCAGCCUAUGGGCCCAAUAAUCAGGAUACCGCACUACAAACACUAUACCAGCGCACCGCCGACAACAUCUACAUACAGUCCCUCCCCACCGGCAAGAUCAUGUCCUUCAAGACGGCCGCCACGGAUUCCACCGCAGCGUUGCCGGUCUGGUCAAACCACUUCCCUAGUCCCAUCGUCACAACAUUCGACGUAGUGCGCUCGCCAAAGCGCCAGCAGCCGUUCGUCCUGCUUCAGCCGCAGCCGACGCUCCAGGAGAUCUUUCCGCUUGCCGAUCUUGUGACUGCGACGAAGCACAAAGGCCUGCCUAACCUCGACCGCGCGUACGUCGGCAUAGUAGAAGAAAGCGGUUCCCUCUUUGCGAUGAGCCCCGACCGCUUCCCGCUCGUCGUCUUUGGCGACUCCAGCGCGGACCGCAACUGGCGCUCAAUUGACCCACCUCCUGGCGCUUCAUUCGACGAGGAGGCGGACGACUUCCCCGUAGAUGUCGAUAGUGCCAAACGCGUUGCGAGAAAUAGGAAGCUCCGCGAGAUGUGUAGGAAUGGGGCGACGGAUGUUCGCUGUCUGACCGGGGUCCGACCGCUAGGGUCGGACAGCCAGUCGCGCUUGAGCCGACUGCUCGAUGGGGCUCCUUCGGUCUUGCCUCCGCCCUCGUACCAGAACCAGAACUCGAACAGGCACGAGGUGGAGGUCCGCGAGGACGAGCCGUUGCCGGACGAGAAGGACACUGGCAACAGCUCGAUCAAGCCGCCUCCUGCGUGGGGAAACCGCUCUGAUCCCCGACUCGAGGACCAGCCGCCCGGCAAGCUGCUCAGGAUGAGCGGGCAGACGCAGGCGAUGUCGGUGUUUGCGCUCUGUGCGAUCGUGCUGCUGGUGUGGAUGUCUGUCAAGAAAUUCCUGACUCCAGGCUCUUCGACUUUGGCUCAAGCUUCCGUCCCUGCGCCGUCCCCGGAGGUUAAGGAGGACACAACCAAACCGGUGGCGGAGCUGCACGCUCUAGAACAGCCGGAGAAGGUCGCGAACGGCCACGCUGAUCCUGUCCUACUCCCUGCAUUCGAAGACACGACUGCACGUGGGGACCCAGAUGAAAUUCCGACGGCUCAGCAGGUUGUCUUCGCCCCGGCGACUCUAGAGCCUGUCGCCGACCCAGUUACGGAUGCCCCAGACGAGGAUACGGAGAAGGAGGGCGAUGGAGCUGAUACACCCGGGAAGCGGAAGGGUAUCAGGAGGGGAAGACGGGGAAAGAAGAAGAAGGGGGUCACGAUUGUUGUUCCUAGGGACGAAGUCGAGCAGGCACCGGAGCCGACACCGACGCCAAAUAGUGGAAGUGACGGCUUGAAGGAGCCUGCGUCCGCUAUUUUGCUCGCUCCGUCGACACCGCCCACGCCUGUAGUACCAACCUUGGUUGUUUCGGACACUGUUCUCGGUAUGGGCUCACACGGGACUGUCGUGUACAAGGGCUCGCUACAAGGCCGCGCGGUCGCCGUCAAGCGCAUGCUUUCCGACUUCGUCACCCUUGCCUCCCGUGAGGUCAACGUUCUGCAAGAGUCGGACGACCAUCCGAACGUGAUCCGGUACUACUACCAAGAGGCGCACGCCAACUUCCUCUAUAUCGCUCUCGAACUCUGCCCGGCGUCCCUCGCGGACGUCAUCGAGCGCCCGGACCAGUUCCGCGACAUAGUCGUCGCGUUCGAGCCGAAGCGUGCCCUCCGGCAGAUCACCGCGGGUCUGCGCCACCUGCACGCGCUCAAGAUCAUCCACCGGGACAUCAAGCCGCAGAACAUUCUGAUCUCGUACGCGAAGAAGGGUGCGGGCGAGAACGCGGGGCACCGGAUGCUCAUCUCGGACUUUGGGCUGUGUAGGAAGCUCGAGUUCGACCAGACGAGCUUCUUGCCGACGGCGCACGGCUCGAUGGCCGCUGGCACGGUCGGCUGGCGCGCGCCUGAGAUCCUGCGUGGGGAGGUGAAGCUCGACGACUCGGGCGACGAGUCGCAGUCGUCGAGGGGGAGCGUGGGCAUCGGCAGCAGCGGCGGCUCGAGUUCGGGGACCCCGACAGGCAAACCGACAAGGCUGACGAAGUCGGUGGACAUCUUCGCGCUGGGGUGCUUGUAUUACUAUGUGCUUACGAACGGCUUCCAUCCGUUCGGAGAUCGGUUUGAGCGGGAGUUCAACAUUCUGAAAAACGCAAAGAACUUGGAGGGGCUGGAGAGGUUUGGGGAGGAGGGCGCGGAGGGCGUGGAUCUCAUCAACAAGAUGUUGAGUCCUGAGGCGUAUGACAGGCCGGACACCAGCACAUGCUUACUACACCCGUACUUCUGGGACCCAGGCAAGCGACUCAUGUUCCUCCAGGACGCGUCGGAUAGGUUCGAGAUCAUGUGUCGGGAUCCGAAGGACCCAAACCUGCUCGCGCUCGAGAAGGGCGCGUACGACGUCGUGGGCGCAGAUUGGCACUCACGGCUCGAUAAGUUGUUCAUCGAGAAUCUUGGCAAGUUCCGGAAAUACGAUGGAAAGUCGGUUCAGGAUCUCCUUCGUGCAUUGCGGAAUAAGAAACACCAUUAUCAAGACCUGCCGGAUAACGUGAAAAGACUGCUGGGGACGAUGCCUGAGGGCUUCCUGGCGUAUUUCACCCGCCGAUUCCCAAAGCUCUUCCUGCACGUGCACGGCGUCAUUUCGAACUCUGCUCUCCGCUCCGAGUCCAUGUUCCGCACAUAUUAUGAACUCAUUGACUAGUAACACUCCGUUCUCCUUAGAUCCUUCCUCCCGUCGUGUCCCGCAUCUACAUUCGUCUGUCUUCGCCCAUCGUCUGCAUUUCCCCAUCUAGCAUCUGCCAUCCGAUCCCAGAUAUCCAUCUCGCUACCGUAUCUAAUCUAUCCUCUCUCACGUCUGGUUGUUUAUUCGUCAUUGCUGUAUCUGUAUCGCAUCGCUGUGCUCUGAUCUGCUCCAAACUGGAUCCGCCACUAACGUGUAGUCGAAGCACUUACGUAUAUAGUGUACUACUUGAUAUUGGGGCCGUCUCAGGAAUGUAAAUGAUUUUCC